AUGAUAGACGCUGAACCUUCUUCUGAAACCAAGGAGUCGAGCGAUAAUGCGAUGCAACUGCUGGGCAUCACUAUAGCGGCAAUCAAUAUUACGAGAGACCUCGUACCUAUCGACCUGGCAAAAGGCAUCCUCGGAACGGUCGCAAACAUCCUGAUCAUUGCGCAGUCAGUGAUCAAGAAUCAGUCCGAUUUCCAGGCGAUAGUCGACAAGUGCGAGACUAUCAGGGAAAUCCUUGAAAGAGCGACCAAGCAUGCCACCGACGACGAUCUGCGAGGAUACUUGGGCCAUGCUUUAUCUCAGUUGAACAAAUCAGUAAACCAUAUCAAUAGUGAAGUAGCCUCGAAAAAGGAGCAAGGAUUUUGGCAGAGACUCCUGUCUGUCACGAGUGAUCGUGACCGCAUUGCUGGAUGGGAAAAAGACUUGGAUCGCGUCAUCCCACUGUUUAGUGCUGAGAUGCUCGUUGGUCUCACGAUUGGAAUGAACAUGCAAACCUUAGGACUCGAGGGCAAUGAGAAUGGGAACGUCAAAAGGUAUUGCCCACCUGUACUCCCAUCACGUCCCUCCAUGUUUUAUGGACGUGAGGAUCUCGUAGCAGAGCUGACAAAUCUUGUCAUCAAUGAUGAACAUAUCGUGUUGAUCGGUUUUGGAGGCAUGGGGAAGAGUUCCCUUGCCAAAGCUAUCAUUAACGAACCACCUGCCAUAGAGAAGUUUGCUGAUAGGCGCUUCUUUGUGACCUAUGAUGGCCUCGAUCCUUCGACCAUCACCUUUGAGACUUUCACGACUCGUUUUGCGGAAACCCUGGGCAUAGAGCUUGCUGGUGCUAAUCCUAUGCGCCAAAUAUCUACCUUUCUUCGUUCUGCCACCGCCCUCAUUGUCCUUGAUAAUGCUGAAACCUUUGAAGAGGCCAGUGGAUCGUCGGCGCUCGGAGAAAUACCACCAGCCAUUGCUGACAUCGCAAACAUUCUUGGUGUUAUUCUGGUCCUCACGUCACGCAGUCGAAGGAAUGCACCGAACGUGCGAUGGAUAACAAAAGAUAUUCCGCCAUUGGACUUGAGCUCUGCUCAAGCAGCCACGCCAGUUGUAGUGAAGCCGGGGAAGACAUACGGGACCUACUCAAGGAAUUGGAAUUCCCACCCCCUUUCCAUCAGUUUACUCGCAAACGCUGCGCAGCAAAAUAGCUGGUCCCCGGCCAUGCUGCUGAAAAGAUGGAACAAUCGGCACAGCAAGGUGCUGGACCCCGGCAAGGGGAAGCUGCAAAGCUUGUCAGACACUAUGCGACUGUCACUCAGCUCACCAUCAAUGCAGGACCUCGGCAAUCUCUUGUUUAUCGUCAAGACAGCUUCAUUAAAUUGCUCGCCCCCAUUCGGCAUUACGUGCGAGAUUUGUUGCAAACACUGGACUCCACUUGUUUUGCGAGAAAUAUGUGCCUUCUACUAUCGCAUCGUCAACUGCUGCUCGGAAGAACACAAUCGCUACGCUGAGAUCAUUACCUCGGAUCACCUUAACAUUGAGCACGUAGUGGCUUUCAACCUUGCACACGUCCCAGAUGCCACCGAAGAGACUUAUGACAUCUGCUGGCAGUUUUUGUGGUGCUUGCAGAAGCAUCUACCUCGCCCAACCAUCCUUACUCCAGUUAUCUUCAAAAUCACCGAGAACUCCUCCACGCGGGGGCCAAAAGCGUGCUCCCUGCAGUAUCUCGGCGCGCUCUACGCCACUCUUACUCAGCUCACCGAAGGGAUGAGGGCCUUGAAAACUGCUGAGGCACUCUAUCUUACCGUCGACAACCACGAAAAUGUGGCACACUGUGUUGUCCAAUGCGCAGAUAUCUAUAGAUGUCAAGGCCGUUUCAUUCAAUCCCAACAGGUUCUGGAAGCCUUCCAACACACCGACUCGUGGAAAUCUCUCAGCGAAACUUUUAAAUCCUACGUCUUGUAUUUCUUGGAUAAGGCCAGAAUAUACACAUUGACAACGUUCGUAGACGAAUUAUUUGUUAAGUCCGCGGAAGAUCGCGACUGGGGUUUGCCAUCUAAGAUUUGGCACUGGCGAGCCAAAUUUUACCAUGGAGGAGACAUUGUCCUGGCAAUCACGCACUUAGAAGAUCUUCUCCCGCAAUGCCCAAGUACUGGGGAUCUCUUCACCCGCAGGGACGUACUUGAGGGGCUUGCACAAAUAGCAUUUUGCGAAGACAGGCUUUCCGACGCAAUGGUUAUUUUGCACAAACUCGUAGAGAUGUUCGAGGGUCAAUAUUCGGAUGGUGUCCUUUGGUACACCGUCCAGAAGGCUAUUGUUGCGAGCAAACAGGGGAAUAAUGACCUUGCAAGGGAGCUCAUUCAUAAAGCCUCAGAGCCCUUCCAAUUCUUUGCCCUGUGCAAUGCACGCGCAUUUCUCCACCGAUCUUAUGGCGCCGCGCUCAUCGAGCUCACCGCAGGCGAGUACGUCAAGGCUGCGUCUCAAUUCACUGCCACGAUUGAAGGUUGUAAUAUGCAAGGCAACCUGCACGCUAAAGCGUUCAACAUCCGUGGACUGGGCGAGGUUGCCUUUGUGCAAGGUGACUUCGUUUUUAGCAGCACAGCACUUUGCAGAAACGCGGUCUUUGUGCACGGAGAUGGGAGUGCCCACCCUGCCAUUUGUACAGUUGCUUGCCAUUCCACGCUUUGUCAAACAGAUUUGAAGGGUGGGGUUUUGUUUUUGGAGGGCCGCUCGUCAUUCACGAAUCUGACAUAG